ACGCCCUGUGUUGGCUGGGAAUGGCUCCAGCAGACCCCUGUGUUAGGAUAUAGGGGGUUGGAAAAUGACUGACUGUAUGUCAUGCAGUCAUCAGGAGCGAUGGCGGAAUAAGUGGAGCAAUGUGCAGCAGGUUGUCUGGUAUAUAAAUGUGUGCAAGACAUGUAGCUGUAGCAGUACUGUUACAUGUACAGUGAAAUGUGUACUUCAAACACAUUGCCAUUGUUUGGUGCCAUGAGAAACAAGAAUGCAUUAAUAGCAACCAUGCUGGUGGUUUUGUGUUUGUUAGCCAGACUGUUAAUAUAGGAUGAAGAGUGUGUGUAGGGCAUUUGACUGUAGGGAAGUGUUGGUUUAGUAUAUAUGUUGGCUAUGUGGCAGUGUCACAUGUUUGUGCAGGAUGUUUGGGUACAUUUAUACUAAGUAUAUGUUUGGGUCUUCCUGCUCAAUUGCAUGUGUGGUGUCUCAUUAUUGCUUUUUCUGGGGGGAAAUGUACUCCAUGUUUAUGAUGCAGAGGUACUGUUGCUGUGGGAAACGCUUGUUCUUUGCACACAACUGGAUGACACUUUAAACUGCCUGAAAGUGACCUUUGAUACAAGUUGUGUACUGCUGUUCUCUACUGUGACAUAUGACUGCCACUGCUAUUCAGUGAAUGCUUGAAGAAAGCUGUGGGUCUGUUUUAUCAAACAAGGCUUACUUCUGACACCGUCUCUACUUGCAAGGGAGCUUUGUUUGCAAUGGCUACUCAUGUCGAUGUGAUUAUCAUUGGAGCAGGGAAUCGUGGAAGUAUCUAUGCACGCUUUGCUGAAGAGUGUCCAGAUCAGAUGAGGGUGGUUGGAGUGGCAGAUCCAAAUCCUUUUGCCCGGGAUGCUUUCAAGCAGAGAUACAGAAUUGAGGAGCAGAAUGUGUUUGUGGACUGGCAUGAAGCAGCUAAGAGGGAAAAAUUUGCUCACGCUGCCAUUAUCUGUACACCAGACCACCUCCACAAGGAACCAGCAUUGAUGUUUGCAAAGCGAGGCUACCACAUAUUGCUGGAGAAGCCCAUGUCGGUGACUCCUGAUGACUGCUUGGAGAUUGUGUCUGUCUGCUUGGAGAGUGCUGUUCUACUUUCUGUUUGCCACGUGCUCAGAUAUUCACCUGCCGUUCGCAAGAUAAAGGAGCUAAUUGAUUCAGGGGCCAUUGGAGAUGUCAUCCAUAUCCAGCACAUGGAGCCGGUGGGCUUUUAUCAUUUUGCUCAUUCUUUUGUGCGAGGGAACUGGUGUAAGGAAUCCGAAAGCUCAUUCUCUUUACUGGCUAAGUCAUGCCAUGACAUUGACCUGAUCUUGUACUGGUUGGGCAACCGUAGAUGUUUAAAGGUCUCAUCGUUUGGAAGCCUAAGUCAUUUUUCCAGUGACAACAAGCCAUCUGGUGCCACAGCCCGUUGUCUAGAUUGUCCUGUGGAACAGCAAUGCCCCUACUCUGCCAAGAGGAUCUACCUGGAUAUGGUCAGACAGGGAUGUGUUGGUUGGCCAGUUUCAGUGCUCUGUCCUACCUCUAAUGUGGACAUUGAAUCAGUCACUCUGGCUCUCCAGACUGGUCCAUAUGGACGCUGUGUUUACUCCUGUGAUAAUGAUGUUUGCACUAAUCAGGUUGUGAAUAUGGAGUUUGAAGGAGGCCUCACUGUUGCCUUUUCCAUGGUGGCAUUCACAGAGAGGCUGAGUCAGCGCAUUACAACUAUUUCAGGGUCAAAGGGAGAGCUAUCUUGCAACAAUGACUCUGUGGUGCGGGUUUUUGAUUUCCUGACCCAGAAGGAGACCGUUCAUCAUGUGGAUAAUGCAGGAUUACGGGUCAGCUCUCUCCGAGCACACGGGGGCUCUGAUUAUUACCUCAUCAAGGAUUUUGUGGCUGCAAUAGCAUCUGGUGAUGCAGCACUGAUCCAGUCAGGCCCAAAGGAGACCCUAGCCAGCCAUCUUCUGGUAUUUGCUGCUGAGCAGGCACGCAAGGAGAACCGAAUUGUGUUCUUUAAAGAAGAGUGGGCAGAAAAACUGGCCCAAGGAACAAUGGGGCCAAACACAGCUACCCCCAUUUAGCUCUAGUAGUUAAUGUGAUCAGAAACAAAAUUUAGAGCUGAAAGGCAUAUAUGAUUAUGCAAUCAUGUUAUAGUUGCACUCAAAAUGCUUUACUGCAGAAAACAUUACUAACAAUUAUAAAUAAUUUAUAAAAUUGUU